UCCUCGUUCAACGUUUACGAUUCGAUAUCAUUUCCGUGAAUCAACAGGGAACUCAAAGCAAACUUGAUGGACAACGAAGAUGAUAUGCUCAUUCAUUCCAGUGAACCGCCUUCAACAUAUUCCUCUGAACAGCUGGUACAAUCAAGCUCGACCGACAAGUCCAGUCUGGAACCUGACCCGUUGUCUCUCGAUACUACCGUCGUUGACGCUGCUACUGUGGAUGCCGAAUCAAUCAUCCCCGCCUCAUAUACGAUGCAGUCUGAAUCCAUGCCAGGACCCAAUCCAUCAACUCAUGCUAAUUCUUCAUCGCCCAAUAUACCAUCUACAUCGCCGGCAGGUACUCCGCCAUCUUUACCUCUCACAUCAGCUACGACACCUUCGACGUCAACUACACCGUCCCCUGCGGCUCCAAAAUCAGUCGCACCUUCUGCUGCAGCUCCCAUCCCUACGAAAUCUAUUCUAUUUCCUCUGUGGAACUGCAUGCUGAGCCUGUUAUGUCCUUGUGUGGCUGUGGUGUAUAUUGCAUCCUCAUUCGAUCUACCUUCCUUCCGCGCUAGAGUCUGUCUCUCGAUUUUGGAUUUUAUUACGAAGAUCUACCUGUGCUGUAUGGUGACACGCUUCGCAUCGUACGAUUCUGUCUUUCAUAGCGUCAUGUGGCACUCAUUUGUGUUGUUGUACGUGAUGUUGUUCGCGUCAGCGUGGCUGGGUUCAUAGCUUCACUUUUUGCAAAUUUCUAUCGUGUUUUUAUCCAAUACCAAUGAAAGCCAAUUUCCAUCUUCAUUUUCCUCCCAUCGCUUGUCAAUGUAUGGAGACGCCACCUUGAAAAUAUUUGCCUCUGACGUUAACGAAUAUGAACAUGCGACAAAGUCGGCCAUGUUUAAUUAAAAUUUCUUGGUAGGAUGGCAGUCACGGAUGGUAACCUGAAGGGACUUCAACACUGGGCAGAAGAUGUGAACAGUUGCUCGGAGGAGCCUCAUAUCCUGCGGGUUACUCAGAGAAGCCGUCUGGAUUUGGAACUCCUGAAC